GUGGACUUACUGUUGGUGUAUUAAAGGUGGGGCUAUUGAUCGUCUUGAGAAGACACGCCAGCAGAUGAGCUCUGAUCGGAGGAGUUGGAGCGCGUCAAAAGUUAGAGCGUCAAAAGUUGUUUCGAGAUGGUUAAAGAUAUAACUGUGUUUGCUGACGUGCAUAAAGUAUUUGAUGACGACUUUAGUGGAGUUUAUUUAACACCAUCAGACUACGAUCUCGUGGCGGCUGCUACUAGGCUAAAAAACCCACUGAUACAGACUGGUUUGGAGGCAGAACUAUCAGAGCCGCAUGAUUUCAACCAAAUCAUACCCCCUUCCGGCCGACAGGAGGUUGUCACGAGCUCUGCACGUCAUUUUGAAGCAACAAAAACGGCAGAGUUAUCAGAGUUACGUGAUAGCACUCAAAUCAUACUACCCUCCGGCCAGCAGACGGCUGUCACGAGCAUAGAGACGGAAGAGGGAGCAUCCACAGACAUAGAAUUGGCGGAUGCUUUAUCUGCUUACGAAGACCUUCCUCAAGAAUCGAUAAACAAAGUCAGAGUUAAGCGUUGUGGGACGGGGGUGCUUCAAAGAGCGAGAAAGAGCAGACGUGCAGCCUUCUACUCAACCACUAAGGAGCCUGAAUCGACAAACGAGAGCCAUCACCAUAAGACAAGGCGUGCUAUAAAGUGCAGUGGCAAUUGUGUUUACAAAAAACGGCUACAAGAAUGUUUUAAGGUAAUACGUAUUUUGACAGAUUUGGCUGAAUCAAGAUAGGUCUGAUUUUUUUUUCGUGUUGUUUAUAUUGUAAUUUCUAUCAAAAAGAAAUACAAUGGAUCAUGCUAACCUUACGUCAGCAGAGUCGGAUUUCUUAACAAACAUUGACGAAUUAGAUUUACAGCUACUUUGUGAUACACCUGAGCUAGAUUUGUCAAACAUUAACAAUGAUUUGCCGUCAACCAGUGCUUCUACAAGCCAAAUACCAGAUUUGGUCAACAUUGUAAACUGCCAUGCUGGAAGGGGGAGACACAGACAGUCCUGAUAUUCAGGCCCACUUACAAGCUGUCGUAAACGAGCUAAACAGUCAAAACCGGAAUGAUGGUAGCCAAAGUCCUACGCUGAUACCGUCACAACUGCUAAACAUGAUAGCAGAAUUAAACAACCAAGCUAACGGUAACAGCGGGCGCAACAGUCCUGAUAUUCCUGCUCAACUGUUAAACAUGAUCCAAAAUCUAAAUACGCAGCCUCUGAUUGACCGAAUGACCGUUAACCCUAUAGAUCAUAGGAUAGAUGCCUCUGUAAUAACUAGUAACAUGCCACCAUCAUUUCAGCCUAACAACUGCUCUGUUAUAAUCGAUCACGAGAUAGAUGUUAUUGACGACAACGCACCAGCGUUUCAAGACAUAGCCCACCAAUCUAACAGUGCUCCUGUAAUAACUAAUCAGCGCGGCGGCUCUGUUGUAGUAAAUAGACCGCAUUUCAAUAAUAUUGAGAUAAGGCGGCAUUUGAAUAUACCAACACAGGCAAACAGCAAUGAUUUUGCAACCUUUUACCUACAGAUUGAGGAAAGAAUAGAUGAAGUCUUGCGAGAGGUUGAUAUGCAAACACAGAGAGGUGACGUGAUUCAAAUCGAGUUAGUGGCUGGAAAUGAUAGGGCUCACGUUUACCCGCAAAAAAGCGAAAUAAACACUAUCCGUGAUAAUGUAUCAGAUCUGCUUGAACGUCUAGCUCAGGGGUGGGCAAACUUUUUGACUCGCGGGCCGAACUGGGUUCUAAAUUUGGACCGGAGGGCCGAACCAGGAGCAGAUGGACGUAGUGUUUGUGUGAAGUAAUAUAAGGGACCUGUAAAGGUCAUUGCAUAAAAGAUUUUGGCCUUUAGUAGAUAGUAAAGCAUGGAUAUUCCAAAUAAGUUUUUUGAAAACAAAUGCAUUUAUUAACAGCAUUAAAAAAAAAUUAAUAAUUCACUAUAAAACUGCUAUCAGUGAUUUUUUGCUAGUGCGUCAUAGUCUGGAGUAAAAUUUGUUGUGGCAAUUCUUAGGAGAGGUCUGAGGUGUUGGUCCGUUUACCUCGAUCUGUGACGGGUUGAUGUUGACGUUCAUGUGGCUGAACGUCACGUCGCGUAUGUCGAGCCAAAUUGGCCACUCUCUUUUAAACACUCGGCACGCUCGGUGUCCACCUUGCUUUUUUCCUUGGGCGACUCAUUUUAAUGGAAGGAUUCCAGGGCCAGGGGAAGGUUUGUGGGUGGCUUUAGCGCAAAACUGCAUCUGAAAGCUCAGCGCGCAAAUUACAAGAAUGCUUUCGUCACAGCCCACGCUCUAAAUUUGGGACUGAUACAAAUAGAGCGUGAGUGCGCCAUGUACACGUACACGCACUUGUGAGUGUGCACCGAGCUUUCUGACACGGCUUCCGGUAGUAAAUGCGCAGGCGAGCGCUUCCCCAUCUACUGGGGAAACGCAGUCAUUGCAGGCAAUAUGACCAAAAAAAACGUUUUAAUAAUACAAUUUAUUCAGGGUUGGCGGGCCGGAUUAAACAGUCCCGUGGGCCGGAUGUGGCCCGCGGGCCGUAGUUUGCCCACCCCUGGUCUAGCUCAAUCAAAUGUAGAGCUUCUAUCUGAUGGGAAUUUAGAGCUUAUUGUCCAAAUAGUCAAACCGAUCCGUGGUGGAAUGCGUCGUCGACUGAUGAACAGUACUAACAAAGAAAUUUUGACGCGUGAAAAACGACAUUUGCACAUACCUCGUAAUAAGGACAACAAUCUAUGCUUUGGUCUUUCACUAACCUAUCUGCUAAAUGACACGCUAACAUCAAAACAGGCCGUAAGGCAAGCCAGACUUUUGCAUCAGAGUGUGGGUUUAGAUUGUCAAACACCUGUGAGUCUGGGGGAUGUACAUAAAUUUGAAAAAGUUCUCAGACGGAAAAUAACUGUCAUGUACCGAAAAGAAGACAGCCGCCCCAUGACUUUCUUCGACACACAUUACCCUAAGACAGAUGAAGACACUCUAUUUGUUUUACACCUCGAGAAUCAUUACUACGGUGUGAAAACGAUAGAGGCAUUCGUGGGGUAUGCAUAUUUUUGCAGAUAUUGUUACAGAGGGCAUGAAAAUUGGCGACUCCAUCAAUGUGAGGGACACUGUAACAUUUGUCUCGAUCCUCAUUGUAGACAACGACAACUUAAAUUUAUCUGCCCUGAUUGUAACAAAACUUGUCGUAAUGAAGAAUGCUUUGCCAAACAUAAAGAGUUUCGAGCGACCAAUCGUGUGAGCAACUGCACCACAUACAAAAAGUGCUUGCAAUGCGGGCUCCAAUAUUAUGUGAAAGCUGAUGGUACCGGUGCUAAACAUCGCUGCCCCGUGAAAAGAUGUGCGGUGUGUAGUGAGAUCUUAAACCAAGAUGAUGAUGCCUUACUAAACCCGCAGCUGUGUUACAUGCAGCCCAUCAAGCCUCAACCGCCUUGUAAAAAUGUAGUCUACUAUGAUUUUGAAACUUAUGUAGAUGCAGAUGAUUUACACAACCCCUUUCUUAUCUGCUGUAAAUCAAAUAGACUGACGAAACGGUGGUUUGGGACAGACUGUGUUGACAAAUUCCUCACAUUUUUUCGAAACCCCCGGUUUAAACAAACGACAUUUGUUGCACAUAAUGCGAGAGAUCUUGAUUCCUACAUCUUGAUAAGGAGAAUGCUUGAAUUAGGUAUCAAACUUGACAUUCUGAUGCAAGGGAGUAAGGUUCUAUCAUUCGUCGAUUUAGACACAAAAUCUCAUUAUAUCGACUCAUUGUCAUUCUUAACGAUGCCGCUAAGUGCGAUGCCUAAGGCCCUGGGGCUUGAAGACAAAUCAAAGGGUUGUUUCCCACAUAAAUUUAGCUCAUUAGAACAUCUGAACUACGUAGGAUGUCACCCUGACCCCACGUACUACAAUGUCGAACGAAUGUCAUCCUCUCAACGAGCUAAGUUUGAUGAAUGGUACGUCAAAGAAGCUAACGGUGUGUUUGAUUUUGCUAAACAGGCGCUAACCUACUGUGAGAAUGAUGUUGAUUUGCUAAUGCAAGGAUGUGAGAAAUUCAGGCGCGAGUAUUUCGAGGCUACAGGAACAGACCCUUUCAACGCCGUCACAAUAGCCUCGGCUUGCAUGAAAGUUUUUCGCACUAAUUUCCUAACUCCUGAAACACUAGCUAUUACACCUUCAGACAACUACAUGCGACAGUACAAAGCUUUCUCACACGAUUCUAUUCAAUACUUGCAAUAGGUGAUGCAUAGUCAAAAUAUCCACAUUAGACAUGCAUUGAACGGGGGAGAAGUUAAGAUAGAUAACUACACUGUAGACGGGUAUUCUGAAAUCGGGGGGAUGAAAAUAGUUUUUGAGUAUUUUGGUUAUCACCAUGGCUGCCCAGAAUGCUACAACCUCUCUAAUAUAUGUCCAACAACAAAACGCCCCUUUCAGGAGAGGUUUGACAACACCCAAAAGAAAAUUCAGGAACUGCAGCUUAAACAAGAUGUGCACCUUGUAAUUAUGUGGGAGCAUGAAUGGUUGCAAAUGAAAAAAUUGAACACAGAGGUUAAGGAAUUCCUGAAAAAAGCCAAAUUUCCUACACCUCUCAAACCAAGGCAGGCUCUUUUCGGAGGUCGAACAAGCACAUUUGUUUUAAGAUACACGGCAGAAGCAGACGAGAGGGUGUUGUACGUCGAUGUCACAUCAUUAUAUCCUUUCAUUAAUAGUACAGGCAUCUACCCUAUUGGUCAUCCAACGAUUAUCCACGGUGAUUUUAAAGACCCAAGACUGUAUUUCGGCUUCAUAAGCGCUACCGUCAAUGGUUUGUAUUUUCCUGUUUUACCUUUCAAAACAGCUAAAGGUAAACUCGUCUUCACACUGUGUCGUACAUGCGCUGAGCAUAACAACCAGCAGUCAGCUUGUACGCAUAAUGAUGAGCAGAGAUUGUUAACAGGUGUUUGGACAACUCCUGAAUUUGUUAAGGCACUUGAUCUUGGCUACACUGUUGCAGAUAUUACCGAAGUAUGGCAUUACACAAGAGCGAGCGACACAAUUUUCCGUGAUUACAUGCGAGCAUUUCUAAAAGCUAAACAGGAAUCUUCAGGCUAUCCAGCGCAUGCGGUCAAUCAAGCUGAUAGAGAAAAUUACAUACAGAGCUACGCGAUUCAUCAGGUUAUCCAACUAGACCCUUACAAAAUUGCUGUAAAUCACGGGAAACGUCAGGUUUCGAAACUUUGUCUAAACAAUCUAUGGGGAAAACUAGCCCAGCGUGAGAACAUGACAAACACAAAAAUUGUGACAAAAUCUGAGGAGUUUUUUGAUCUUCUGUUUUCCGGUUUGUACGAUGUGAAAUUCUUUCACUUUAUCAGCGAAAAGCUUUCGAUCGUACAAUAUUGUUUCAACAUAAACAAUGAGAUACCAGCCUCAAAAACAUCAAACGUGACGGCUGCGUGUUUCACAACCGCUUAUGCACGUCUAAAAAUGUACAACUAUCUAGAAAUUUUACAGACGCGUGUUCUUUACACUGACACAGACAGUCUCGUGUACACGGUCAAACCUGGCGAAACUGUCCUCCCGCUAGGGGAUUAUCUGGGCGAUUUGACAGAUGAGCUUUCGAAUGACAGCAUUUCAGAAUUUGUCUCAGCAGGGCCGAAAACAUUCGCUUACAAGACAAGGGGAACAAACCGCACCGUCAUGAAGGUAAAGGGUAUCACACAGACUCACGAAAGCGGUCAGAGCAUCUAUCUUGACAGCAUUUUCGAUUUGGUUCAGGGGUACAUCGACACAGCAGGUGCAGUCUCAGAUGUGCUUUAUGCACCCCAACAUGGCAUUGUUCGCAGGGUUUCAUCUCAGAAACACAUCAUUUUCCAAGCGGCUUCGUGUGGUCUACGACAAAAGAAGAUUGCUCAAUCAAGGCCGCACUGAACCAUUUGGUUAUUGAAAAUGGCUUUUAACCAGAUUGAAUUUGACCCUAGAUUAGAACUUCCUUUCUCAUCGUUAAUCGCAGGGCCUUCAGGUUGUGGCAAGACGUUUUUUGUUAAAAAUGUUAUAGAAAAUCUUGAACAUGUUAUGAGAAAAAAAACUGAUAAUAUUGUCUGGGUUUAUACUUCAUAUCAACCAAUGUACGAUGAGCUCAAAAACCUGAAUAAAGACAUCGUUUUUAUCAAG